ACAGCCAGUGACCCACUCUGAAAACACAGCUGCGCACUAGAACUAAGCUAUGGGACGCGGCAGAGUGUCACAAAACCUCUGAGUGAGUGCAGAAAUGCUAGUGACAGGAGUGGGAACAGGAGAGUUGCUGAAUUCUGCUGGAAUUUUUCCUGUGGGAAUCUGUUAAUGUUUUUAAUUCUCUGAGAGAUUUUUCUAAGUACAGUAACCCAGGCUCGUUGCACUGUGAAGAGGGACCUUGCCUCUCUGACAAGCCACCUAGCUACUACAUGUGGUUCUCCAAAGUGUCAUUUUGAGGACGACAGCAUACUGCUGGAGUGUCCAAAAAGUGCAUUGCUUGGAUGGCUGCACCACCUCCGGAUCCACAGUUUGUGCUGCGAGGCACCAGUGCUGCAGUCCACGCUCUACAUUUUUCUUGUGGAGUCCAAGAGCCUGAUGUCCCUGUUCUUUUCUCUGGGUCUGAGAAUGGGCUUAUCAAUGUCUGGAACCUAAAAACACACAGAGUGGACAAAGCACUGGAUGGCCAUGGAAGAAAAUCUGUCUGCUGGGUGGAAACAAUGGAUGGUAAAGACAGGCUCCUCAGCCAGGGUCGUGACCAGAAGAUCUGCCUGUGGGACUUGGCAGAGGGACGGGCUUCAGUGACAGAUUCUGUCUUCACGGAGAAUGUGGGAUUCUGCAGAUGUUCUCUGUUAAAGGUGGCACAGGGACGCUGGCUAAUGGCCAUGGCAGCCAAAGCCCUGGACGAGGUUCAGGUUUUGGAGCUGCCAUCCAAGACAUCAGUCUGUACCUUGAAGCCAGAGGCGGGUGCCAAGUUGGGCAUGCCCAUGUGUCUGAAGUUAUGGCAGAUCAACUGUGGUUCCCAACCGUUGCUUCUGGCUGGCUAUGAAGACGGAUCAGUGGUCCUUUGGAAUUUGUCAAUGGGAAAAGUGUUGAGCCAACUUUUUUGCCACCAGGAACCAGUGAUGAGCCUUGACUUUGACUCAGAGAAGGCCAAGGGGAUCUCGGGCUCAUCUGAAAGGGCGCUUAGCAUCUGGAGCCUCAAUGAGCAACAGAACCUCCAGGUUCACACAACACACAGGCUUGUCAAUGCUGGCAUAUCUGAUAUCACCAUUCGUCCAGACAAGAAGAUUUUAGCAACAGCAGGGUGGGAUCAUCGCAUCAGGGUCUUCGGCUGGAAAAAAAUGAAACCCUUAGCAGUGCUGGACUACCACACGGCAACUGUCCAUUGUGUGUCCUUCUCGGAUCACAAAAACCCCAGUGAGAGACUGCUGGCAGCUGGUUCAAAAGAUCACCGCAUCAGUAUCUGGUCAAUAUAUACGCAGACGUGACAUGGUCUGCGCUGUCGGGGACUAGGAGAGUAAGAUUGGUGAAGAAAAUCACUGUAAUUCAAACCUGGAUGUGGGUAAGUAGUAGAAUGUAUUUCCAGGCUAAAGUCAGAGUCCCUGGAAACUGCUAGAUUAAUUUUUAUGCUGCUUGUUCAUGUGGCAAGUUUUGUUUCCCAGAGAGGGGAGUUGAUUUUUUUUUAAAAAUUAUAACAAGUGGAACAAGGCCAGUCUUGAACAAAGACACAGGACAAGCCACUUUAAGUUCUGCUACAGGUUUUGCAACAGCUUUUCUUUGGCAGGUUGCUUAAAUAACUUGUGCCAAUUUCUGGAAAAAAGACUGGAAUCUCUCAGACAGCUGUGGGGGCAGAAUAUGUCUGUUUGUAAGUCAUUUAUGUAUCUGAGAAUCUGAAUCACUGUAAAAUAUCACUUUUGUGAGAAUUUAUACCCAUUAAACCACCUCCAGUGGUUUCUCAUUGUCA